AUGAACAUUCUAAUAAAGAUAGGGAGUGAAAGAGCUGUUGAUGAAAAUGAUCUUUUACCUCUUAAAGAAGAAAACACUACUUGGUUUUUGACAGAGGAGCUUCAGGCAAAAUGGAGCGAAGAAACAGCUAAUAGCAAAAUACAGGAUGUUAAACCAAAACUCUGGAAAAGUGUGUUGAAGAUGCUAACAGCGAAGGACUUUUUAAUCCUUAUUACAGCUGGCAGUCUGAACACAGUUGGUCGCAUUCUCCAACCACUGCUUCUUGGAUACCUUCUAAAAUCCCUGAUUAUUGCAAGGCUAAAACACAAUUAUCUUCUCUACGGUUGUGCUUCUGCGUUUGGGAUAAACGAACUAAUCAGUUCUCUUAGCAUGCACCAGUUUGACUACCGAUGUGAGGUGCUUGGAACCAGGAUUAGCAGCGCCCUUAAAGGAUUAGUCUACAUGAAGGUAAAGAAAAAAUUUAAUAGGCACUUUAAGGGGUGUCGGUAAAACGCGGGUUUGGGGUCGGGGCCGAGGGCGGGGUCGGGUCCUAUCUCUUCUUUUAAAGAAUGCUGUUUUAGGGUUAGGGUUAGAGUUAGGGUUAGGGUUAGAGUUAGGGUUAGGGUUAGAGUUAGGGUUAGGGUUAGGGUUAGGGUUAGGGUUAGGGUUAGGGUUAGGGUUAGGGUUAGGGUUAGCGUUAGCCUUGAGACUGACCCUAACCCGAACCCUAGAACAGCAUCCUUUAAAAAAAAAAAGUUAGAUCCCGACCCCGCGUUUUACUGAUACCUCGGACUUUAAGCACCGUUAACGGCAACGGCGACGGCGACGCUUUCAAUAGUUACUUACAAGGACAACAGCAGCAAAACAAGAAUAAAACUAAGCUAGUAGCCUCUUGUUUACCUCGAUCGGUCUUCUAAUUUAAUUUGCUCCUCUAUGAGAAAAACAACAAAGGCCUCUCUACAUGUAUGAUCGUGAUAUCAAACCGAUGGAACCUAUAGUUUAGGCUCAUAUUUAGGCAAUGAAGAGGCCAACAGGAAAGAAAAUUAUUCAUUCAGCGAGAACAAAUUGUUCAUAAAACUUUGUUGGAUGUCACAUAAAAAUUACGUUUCUGUAAAUGACAGAGUAAAUUCAUACUCGAACUAGACAUGAUUCACAAAAAUCAAAGAUAAAAUGUUCCCAAGUUCCAAUCAGAUUCAUCAUCAUCAUUAUCAGUCCUUAUCAUUAUCACUAAGCAAUCAGAACAAACGCAUGAAAGGAAAACAUGUAGCGAUAAUAUUGUAACGAUCCACAUACAAUGUAAUAGCAUGAUGAAAAUAGUUAUAGCUAUUUUUGUUAGUGAUGACUUUAUUCCAAGAUAAAUAUAUGAACUGUUUUGCUUUUUUGCAGGCGCUUCUCCUUAACAAGGAUACAUUGUUGAGGUUUUCAACCGGUCAAGUUAUUGAUCUCGUAUCAAAUGAUGUCCAGCGAAUAGAGGGCGACACUUUUCAAUUGUUUUUUCUGGGAAUUCGAUCUAUCGUGGAGCUCUUAACAGUAACGUUUUUUCUAGUCUAUCUAAUCGGAUGGCAAGCUGUAAUGGGAAUCAUUUUACUUUGUAUGUGCCUGCCAUACGUUGCUGGACUGUCCUAUGCUGGAGCUGUACUGCGCCUACGUACAGCCGCGGUAACUGAUCACCGCAUCACGUUGAUCAAUCAGGUUGUUUCUGGGAUCCGCGCCAUCAAAUGUAAUGUGUGGGAGGAUGAAUAUAGAGGCAAAAUAAAGAACGUCCGAAGGUAA